AUGGGUCGUCACUCCUACCUCUCGAUCGCAAAUCUGCCAUGCUUCCACCACCGCCCCAAGCCUUACUCGACUUGGAACUGUUUCGAAGUCCUUACCGACGAAGUCCCUCCAGAGGAGCCGCGACACUUACUGCGCCUUCCGGGCGAGAUCCUGAAUCAAAUUUACCGCUACGUCUUGCUCAGCGACGAGGACAUCGUGAUCCAUCCUCAGACAAUUCCGAAGCACACGGCGUUACUGCAAACGUGUCGAAAAUUUCGGAGCGAGGGUUUAGGGAUUUUCCUGGCGGAGAAUCACUUCUGCUUCGUUGCCGAUAUCCAGAAUGCGAGGGUGCUGGAGUCAUGGUUUUUGGCGAUCGGAUCGCGUUCUUCUGUUCGAUUCAUGACGGGGAGGUUCACGGUUGCAGAACAAUGUACACUUUUCGGCCGGGAUGAUAUGGCCUGGGUCGCGGCCUUCGACGAUAAAUGGGCACAGCGAACUGCGACUACGCCCGAGGAGAUUGCGGACUGGAAUCAGGGAUGCGCGAAGAUGUAUCGAAUGGCGAAAGUUCGAUGGGGAGAGAUUCAGCGGGUGUGGGCGAGUGUUGCUGAGCAGUUGUGGCUUCAUGCCUUCCCGGGCGAUGUGGUUGCUCUUCCAGAUGUUAAGGAGCAGGAAGAUGCUAAAGCACCUCGGGAUGUUUGUGUGGAGGACUUCGGUACGAGAUUGAGGUUGCUUCGAGAAGAGUCGAACAUCCGCAACGUGGCGAAGAUCUUCCAACAACCUCAUAUGAGCCAUUGCCUGCACGCGUGCAUCACCGAGUAUGACCUCUCAACAUUCGCCACUUCUCGAACUGGCCGCCGAGCUGCGGAACGAGAUCUACCGGUAUGCUUUGGUCGACGGCACAGUUCGGGUGACAGGUCGAAGCAUUCGUCGGCGCAUGGCCUUGCUACAGACAGCAUCAUCGGAAACAAUGCUACCGCCAUCACAUCGUUCGAGAUCGGCAUGGGGCAUUCGAAAUCGUUCAGGCGCGAGGCGGAGGAGAUGGAGAGGAAUGUUGCAUCUCCAGACCGGGAAGUCGCGACACGAGCCGCCCAACAGCUCCUGCCGCUUGUCCAGAAAAUGUGGCGACAGUGGCAAGAGGUGUUGGCCCAGGUGGCAGCGUCGAUGCGACUUGCAGCACUUCGAGCCGAAGUGAUCCGCCAGCCGAUGGACGGUUUGGACGAACAGGCGGUCCGAGCAAGGACAAUCAUGGUGGAUGUGCUGAAAGAGCGAGUCCAAGGCAGCGCAGCAGAUGGGCGCCGAUUUGACGAUUCCCGGGAGUUUAUGAGGCGCUUGGCGAUCUUGAGAGAGAAGCACAUGAAGUCUGCCUGA